CUAAUCUUCUUCGACAAAAACCCAAUCUUUAAAGUAGUUCCGUUUCAAAAAAUAAAAAAUCAGAUUCCUUCUUCCUCUCGAAGCUCGACGGCCAUGGCGGUCCCCCUCAAUACAUCUGUUCACCAGCCCUCUCUAUGCUGUAGCAUCAAGCGUUACUCUGGGUUGAAGCCCCAGUCUCCAAAUUUUUUGCCAAGUGGGAAUCCGAAUUUGACUGCAGAGUUCUUCGGAAGAGUUCACAAGAGUUUGCAGUGCGGGACAGGGAGACCAACAAGGUCCCCGGUAAGAAUGAUGCCUAUCGGCACACCAAAAGUAUACUACAGAAACCGCGAUGAGGGCACCUGGCAUUGGGUCGAUAUUUGGAAUGCCCUUUACCGAGAGCGUGUUAUCUUUAUUGGACAAGAUAUUACCGAAGAGUUUAGCAACCAAAUAUUAGCAACCAUGUUAUACCUUGACACACUUGAUGACUCUAGGAGGAUGUAUAUGUACCUAAAUGGUCCAGGCGGUGAUCUUACUCCAAGUCUGGCCAUUUAUGAUACGAUGAAGAGUUUGAAGAGUCCGAUUGGGACACACUGUGUCGGUCUUGCCUAUAACCUUGCGGGGUUUCUUCUUGCAGCCGGAGAAAAGGGUUAUCGGUUUGCGAUGCCACUAUCAAGAAUUGCUCUGGAAUCACCAGCAGGGGCAGCCCGAGGUCGGGCUGACGAUGUCCGUAACGAAGCAAACGAGCUUCUAAGGAUCAGAGAUUACCUCUUCAGGGAACUGGCCAACAAUACCGGGCAGCCUGUCGAAAAGAUAUACAAAGAUUUGAGCCGCGUGAAAAGGUUUAAUGCCGAAGAAGCUAUGGAAUAUGGACUUAUCGACAAGAUUUUCAGGCCGCCGACUAUAAAGGAUAAUGCUCCUCGCCGAGAUGAAACCGCCGGUCUCGGUUAGUCAGUCAGUUGCUUCAUCACUUGUUGUAUUCUGUCUGCUUCUCAAAGCCCCUUUCCCUCCGACCAAAACUCAUGAGUUCGACACUUUGGCAUUCUCACUUCUAAGGUUUCAGUCAUUGUGCUUGAAAGAACAGUUCUUUAAAAGACAGAAAACAGUUUAUGGGCCUAUUUGGAUUAAAUAAUGGGCCAUAAAUGGGCUCUUGGAAAGCCCAAUUUUGUUUUUGAAUUCAUAUCCCAAUGGGCUUAGACUGGGUCGGUAUGAUCUCCAUUGUCGGAAGAAGCUUCUUUCCGUCGAUUA